AAAUCUGAAUUGAUGUACUCGUACAAAUAUUAAUUUCCUUUCAAAUUUUAUUAUGUGUACUGUACACUGUACAGUAGAUCCCUCCUGAAAGUAUCAUGAUAAACCUAAACCAGGCUUCCUUUCCAGGAACGUUCAAUUAUUGAUGUGUCUGAACAUGCUUUUUCAAAAAAUGCAAGGAUAAUUCCACUGGGUUAGCCGGACUAUUCAGACUGUAUCGCGUCAUGUCUGGAAAGAGAAUUCGUACCUAACAAUACAUGGUACUACUAUCGAAAUGUUGGAGGUUCCAGCCGAAGAAAUCUCGUAUCGUAUCGUGCACUUGACAACAUUUUCUAUUUAUUGGAAAAUUACCGCAUUAUAUGGGUAUGAACAGUUGUCGAUAUCGUCGAUAUUUUAAUUUAUCGUUGUGAACGGAACGCGUGCCUACAACUACGACUACGAACUACGAGUGAAUUUUACGUGCAUGUGCAAGAUCAACGGCCACACGAAACAAAAAUAAAGGCGAUUGGAAACAGAGAAAGAACUAAGAAGUCGAUAAACGAUUCAUAUUGCGUUGCUGGUGAUGACUCACCGUACCGUUUAACUCACGAUUGGUGUCAUUAACCGUUAGUACAAUCGUUAUUGUCGCUCUUCUUUGGUAACUAGUUUUCGAUUCUCGAGCGUUUUGUUUUUUUGUUUGUUUGUUGUUUUUUUUUUGUAGUUGUUGUUUUGUUUUUGGUGAUGAAAUGAAAGAUCGAAGCGAAAUACCGGCUCCGGCAACGACGAACUGAUUAGGUAUAAACUAUUGUCGUCAGUGCAUUAAGAGAAACGAGCCACUGCACUUUGCUAACAUUAAAAAGACAAAACCGGUGAUCGAGAAGCACCACGAACCAUUAGUGGUGGAGGGUAAUAACAGUAAUAGUUCCGGUAGUGGUUUUUAAGUACCUAUCGAUAAUAGCAAGAGCGGCGGCUGCAUCGGCAACGACAGCUGUACCUUCCAUUACUUUAGAACCUAUCACCACGACUCCCCUCUGGUCACAGUGUCGUCGUCGUCAUUAUGUUCGCGCUGUAAUCGGUUUACCGUUUACUUCUUCUUGUUCUUACUUUUCUUUAGUCCAGCCGUCGUCAGGAAGAAGUCGUCGUUGCCGCGGGUACUUUUUUCUCUUUCUCUUCGUGAUAACGAUCUUAACCUUCGCUCUACUAUUGCAACUACACAGACGUUACUGUGACAUCACCCCGUAAAUUCUCUGUCGUUCGUUGCGUCGCGAUUUCAUUAUCAAAUUUUGUCGGUCGCGUCGUCGCUUUUCGUAUCGAUUGCAGUUUGAUUUUUCAUCGACGUUUUCUCGCUUCAACGCCCGUGCCAAUGGAGAUUUCCUAGUUGAACGCGUCACAUGCAGCAAACGAUGCAAAAAAUUUUACCAACUCCUCCGCCGCCUUCGCAUCGACAUCGUGUAACCUUUCCAAUGCCACCGCCUAGUACUCAAGCCGUUGCAAAUGCUACGGGUGAUUGUAGCGAAGAUGAAAAAGGUGCCAAAAGGAUACUGAAAGAGACCGUCGAUGCUGUAGUCAAUAGUUUCGCUAAGCAUACUCGAGAAUUUGGAAGAGUAAACGUGGUGGAAGCUUUACAAGAAUUUUGGCAAAUGAAACAAACCCGCAGUGCAGACGAUCCGCGAAGUAACCCUUGCGGAGCAUUACUCAUAUACGAAUCUGUACCAUCGAUUUCUCCUCCAUACGUGUGCUAUGUUACUCUACCCGGAGGAUCGUGUUUCGGAAGUUUCCAGAAUUGUCCUACCAAAGCGGAAGCCAGAAGAAGUGCUGCCAAGAUUGCUCUCAUGAAUUCCGUAUUUAACGAACAUCCGUCUAGAAUUAUAUCUGACCGAUUCAUAGAAAUGGCCGUAGCCGAAGCUACAAAUUCAUUUAAGGGCCAAACAUGUACGACGACGAGUAGUGAAACGGAAGAAGACGCGAACAGCGGUAUAGGUGCAUUUAGAUUCAUGUUAGAAUGCAAUAAAGGAAGAACAAUGCUAGAAUUUCAAGAAUUAAUGACAGUUUUUCAAUUACUUCAUUGGAAUGGUAGUUUGAAAGCGAUGAGAGAACGACAGUGUUCUAGACAAGAAGUUGUGGCACAUUAUUCAGACAGAACUCUGGACGACACAAUGAGGUCACAAAUGGCAUUAGACUGGAUCGCAAGAGAGCGUGACAAUAAUGGUAUUAUCAAAAGAGAAUUGUACGCCGCUGAAAAGGAAUUGGAAGUUGCUAGAUUGGCUGGUAAAGAAUUGAGAUUUCCGAAGGAAAAAAAAGACAUAUUAACCAUGGCGCUUAAUCAAAUUACCGCUGCUCCUACUUGAUUUUCCUGAUGCCUUUUAGCUACUAUUAUCGUGCUUCGAAGCAGUAUUAUUAUUUCGCAUGAGGAUAUAUGUAUUACAAAUAUUUGUAUUAUUUUAGCUAUGUGAUUUCUUCUUUUUUCUUUUUUUCUCGUAUUUUUUUUUCUUGGUAAGAUUCAUUGCGCUUAUUAUCGUUUAAUAUUUUAUGUGUUAAAAAAUUAGGAGAAAAAUUAUGCUGAUCUCCUACUAGCGUGAUAAUUUUGAAAUUCUUACUUCAAGUAAGAUAUACCUGUAAUGAGUCUCUUUUUUUUUGAUAAAUUAGUACUUAGUUAAGAUUUAUUUUUUAAGACUGUAUAUUCUUACGAGUUGAACAUACAAAAUAAUCAUAGUUACGAUUGUUUUCUAAUCGAAAUUUAUUCUGUGCCAUUUUUCUUUAUCUUAUAUUCGAACGAUCCUUACGGAUACGAGUAUAUCUAAUUUCUUUUAUCGAUUUUUUAAUUACUAAGAAAGUUUUAAUUUCUUUACUAAUUCGCCAUUUUAAUCGUCUAUUAGUAAUAGAUUUGGUCGUUCGUUUUGAAGAAGUUUUCAAAUUACUUUUUAAUAAAACUACCUGUUCUAAUCAAAAAUGAAUUAGUGUUAGAAUUAGGUACGUCAGUUAUAGGGAAGAAUUUUUAUUGAAAUCGGUAUGAUAAGAACCUUUCAGGAUGCAGCUGUAUCUCUCAAAAUUAUUCGUAUUCGCGCUUUUGACAAUACUUAGACUGAUCUCCGGAUUAUGCCCUCUUGUAAUAUCGAGAAAAAUCAAAAGAAAGUAUGGAAUGGACAACGUGAAAACAUGGAUCGACAAGAGUGUCUCCGGUUGUAUGGAUUUCAGUGGCGGUAUUUUACUAGCAACAUGUUUUAUUCACAUGAUACCAGAAGUAAGAGAAGAGCUGAUGAAAGGCUUAGACGAAAAAUACCAGUUUCCAUACGCCGAAAC